UUUUUCAGAGGCCGAUCGCUUCGACGUGAUCCGGUUUCUCUGUUUUUGUGUUCAAGUUUUCGCUCUGUUCGCUUUCGUCCUAGUAGGCGGUGAUCGUAUCCGACGUGAGCAGGAAACGAUGCCGCACAUAGGCGAUAUGCGCCAGUUUGCGCAGAUGUACACCGUCAUGCUCACCGGUCUGCCCACUUUCACAGAUGCCAAAAAACUUUCAGCACGCAAACUCAAGUACCUACUCGAGUCGCGAUUUGGGUUAAAGCAGAUUUUAUCAGUGCAGAUUGUCCCAGCCCUAGCCACUGCGCAUGAAGCCUUGCGGGCCUACGAAGACAGUCGUGACAGGAAGUUGGUCUACAAACGGUGGCUACGUGAAGUGCUCAGGGACUAUCCGAGAACCAAAAAUUGCUGUAGAAUUUUGCGGAAUGGCUGUCGUAGAAUAAUCGACUUCGUCACUUGUAAGGCUACGAGAUAUCCAUCUUCACUGUAAUCUUGGCUCCGUUUUUAGAGGGAAAAGGAGACCCAGGAUGCUGCUCAAGCUGGAUCUUCUCUCUUAUAUUUCUAACACGUGCAAAGCGUGUAGCGAAUGUCUCACAGGCUACGACAAUCUACGGUCAGAAGAUGCGGGACAGAGGAUGAAAAAUUUCCAUUCUGCUCAAGUUGGGACUAUGAAUACGAGCACAGCGAUAGAAGUUCUUGACGAGGACACAACAACAACUCCUGGCCGAAGUGCUGGCCCGAGUGCGAGGCCGUUGCUUGCAUCAGAUGGAAUAUCUUCUGCUGAACCAGGUGGACGAGAGAAAUACUAUGUAAAAAAUGCGUCAGCAGCUUCUGGUACUAGUAUUAAUAAGACAACCUUAACGAAACAAGAAAAGUCUUUGGAAAUAUUAAAGACUCAACUAGCAGCACAAAACCAAAACAGUCCAAACAAUGCACUAAAGAACGUUCUUUCCUCGACCGAGAGUGCGAUGACCCCAAGAAACAAGGAAGGACUGUUUGUGCCACCGUUGAGUGCUAGAAGUCGCACAAGUGGCUGGCAGCAGAGUGAGUACAGCAAAACCAGCACUCCACCAGAGACCGCAAGGGGCGCACCAAAGGGAAGCGACUCCGACUUCGCGCAGCAAAGUAGCGCUGGCCGAGCUGGAGCGCCUGAGGGGCGGGUCUCUUUUGACAGCAGUGGAGGCCUUCUUCCACCUGAGCAGGUCUCUUUCGCGACGAGUAAACAGUCUGACGAACAAACCGUAGCCUCGUCCAGAGCAGGCGGAGCAGAAGUCAACAAAAGUAAACCGCGUUUUUUCGGGACAGCUGCAGCCAGAGCGGCUUCAGGACUCCGAAAAGUAAUGAAAGUCUUGCCUGGGGUGAGAAAACGGACUAGGAGCAAAGAGCAGGUGGGAGGUAAAAAUGAUGAAGUUAAGGCUAGAAGAAAUCCAAUUUCACAGGCAUCCUGAGACCGUUUUCAAGGGGAAAAAGGUCUUCGGAUGCGUCUCAAGAUGGAUUUCUCUUAGUUCUAAUGAAGGUGCUGGACUGCAAAGCAGUCCUAGAGGUCCUGCUCAAGCACAAGCUGGUGGCACGACGGGUGAUGUUGCAGGAGGAGGUGUAGGAAAUCCGGGUGACGCCAUAAUUGCUGACGCAUCUCCUUCGGGAGCGAGCUCUUACAACCCAGCAGUAGGGGGCCACGCUAGUCCUGUUCGGGAAUUCUCCCCAGCAGCUGGCACGACCAUAGGAGGCUCGAAAAAGGGCGUCACUUAUAAUCUGGAUGGCGGCGAACAGUCCGAAUUUUCCCUAGAACUGGUUGAGUACAACGAAGAUGACCGCAAUGCUGGUGGAGUAGGGUCAGGGCUAAGAGCGACAAUAACCCCAAGAACUCCAAGAGGCGGUGAAGACAUCAACCAAGUAGAGCAAGACUUCAGGCGCGCUAGUUUGACUAGUGUCAGUGCCUUGUCUGGUGACGAAGAUGAUGAAGAAGACUUCUCCGAUCCUAGAGAAUACCCCCAGCCUUGGCGAGGUAUAAUUUGGGCUCCCUAUUACGCUUUUCGAGCCUGGAGCUUUUCUCGUUCGGAACAAGCUUAUCGACGACGCCUUGAAGAACUGGUGUCCGAGAAAUCGCUCAUGGGGACUGGUCGCGCGUUUAUUACUUUCAACAAUCGGCUUUACCGAGACGCAGCACUGGAGAAAAAGGGAGGCGUCGAGGAUGGAGGGACAUCUUGGCACAUCGCUGAUCUCCUUCCAGGUAGUUCUUCUUUCGCACCUACGCGGGAAAACUGCGAGAAGAUGCUGUGCUGGUGGCGCGACAAUCUGAGCGAUGAUGCCAAGUUCGAUGAAACCUUUUUUGACGAACUGUUAGAAUUCGAGGAGACGGAGGAG